AUGUCAAAAGUUCAAAAGAAAAAAUCAAAAAAAAGGACGAGAAUUAUCGAUUUAGCAGAGGAGGAAGCAAGACUUAAAAAAAUCAAAGCAAUUCAAGCGAGAAGACAAAAAGUUAUAGACGAAGUUCAGCUUUCGAUACGGAGAAGAAGAAAGGAAAAAAUAGCGAUACAAAACGCAGGGUUUGACAAGGAAGAAAGAUUGCGUCAGAAACAAAUUAGGGAUGCUGCGAAAACGGGUAGUGACAAAGAGAUGUUACAGAUUCGCGAAGAUCUGAAAAAGGUUAUUGAAACAGGCAUAAAGUGUGUGUACACUUCGGUAAUUAUACCAGAAAAGAUCAAAUACGAUGGCAAAUCAAUAUUAACUAUUAAAGAUGUUAAGUACCGACUGAGGAAUAAUUUACAUAUUGUUGGUUGGGGAAAGGAAGCAAUAACCAUGAGCGCAGCACUUGAACGUAUCGUUCGUAAACAAUUAAAAAAGGGAUGGAUGGUUGUACCACGGAAAUCACUUUUUAUGAUGUGGAGUUAUCCGGAAGCAUUUCCCAGACUGGACAGUCGUAUUUCAUAUGUUGAGGCUGGAACUGACGGCGAGCCAGAUCUGAAAACUGUAGAAGCUACUAGAAAAAUCUUAAAUUACUGUAGAAAAUUAAAGAAGAGAGAUCUUUUGAUUGUUAUGAUCUCGCAAGGAAAUGAUGAUCUUCUCUGCUGUCCACGAGACACAAUUACAUUAAGGGAUAAACUUAGAGUGAUAAAUAGGUUGAAGGCUGUUCAAGCAACUCCCGAAGAAAUAAAUACUGUAAGAAAUAAGCUGUCUGCAAUUAGAGGCGGCGAUCUAGCACGAUUUGCUUACCCAGCAAGGGUCAUCACUCUAAUUACAUCAGCCGUUUCCGCUAAACCAAUGACUCAAAUAUCAGGUGGACCAUGUGCCUUCGAUCCAAAGGACGUGACAAGCUUAGGCAUUUUAACAAAAUACAGACUCAUUAAUAGAUUACCAUUAACUGUAAGAGAUUUAGUGGAAGAAACCAUUCCAUGGGUCAUGGCUGCCGAUAAACAAUUAGAUGAGAAGAAGAAUUAUAAAUUCGUUCAUGAGUAUGUGAUAGCCUGCAACGCCGAUGCCAUGGAAUGUAUGUCCACGGACGUGUUCAGGCUAGGUUUAUUUCCUUUAAAGCUUAAUUCCACUUGUUUUGGAGAAAUCCAAGAAUUUGCUCGAGAAUACGUUAAACUUGCUUCCUUAAUGAUACUAGCCGUCGAAGGUAAAAUAGAUAAACUAGAUAUGUACGAAGCGAUGAAAGAAAGUCCUAUUUGCCCAUUGACGGACAAAAAGAUUCAGGAAAUAUUUCCUGCGAAAGAUAAAUGGGGUUUGGGGUUGUGUCUCCUGUUAGGGGGACGACCGUCUGUCAAUCUUCGUCCUAAUCCUGGUAACGGCGGACCUAAUCAGGAACUUGCUGUAUAUUUUUCAUUAUAUUGGUACUUAAGAACGCAACAACAACCGAUUUUACGAGAAUACACGGUUUGGUUCUCGGGCGGUAGUUCUUAUGGUAAAGAUGGCAAUAGCGAUGCGGUCGGGGCAUUUGGAUAUAAAAGUUUGGCCCCUGAUGUUUAUUUGACUUACGACAGGACGAGAAGCCGGUAUGACGAUGCUCGCGAUAAAUGGCGGAGACUUUGCGAUGAAAACCGUCCCUCGUCUGAAAUAGCGGACGCGUUUAAAGAAUUUAAUGAUGUCGAACUUAUAAAGGAAAAACAUGCUGCUAUUUUUCCUCAUAAAGUUCUUGCUAGGAACGAUACAAACUUAAUGUUUUCGUCUAUUAACGACGAGGAUGACUUGGUGGAACUAGAGAGUGGAAAUUAUUAUACAUUUACGAACGUUGGAGAUCUCCAUAUCAUACGGAUUGUUCGUUUUCAAUGUAAUUGUGAUAGUGUUUGUCAUGGACAUGGGGAAAGGAUAUGUACUGAUAAUGAAUGCCCUAUCACUGAAACAUUGUCGACAGAAACGAAACCAAAAUUUCAAUCUUGCUGUCGUGUUGGUACCGAAAAAGGUUUCGGACAAUUGCUGUGAAAAUUCAUCGUGAAUAAAGUAGAAAAUGUUUGAGCUACUUCGGGAAAUAAAGGAACACAUGACAAAGAGCUGUUUAUGGAAUCA